UUAGUCAGUCAGUCCAAGUGAAAUGUUCAGCAGCAUGUUUAGUAACGAAAACGUCACAUAUAACCUUAAGAGAAAAGUAAGAGAGAUGUGCUUAAUUUACUCUCUGGCUUGAUGACCAAAGGCCUUUCCGGUAAAAGAUGGAGGUUCAGACUCCAGAUCACAGAGCUCCUGUCCAGACCAACAUCACAGCUCAGACAGGAGGAACCGCCUGUGCUCCUGUGAUCGAUGGAAACACUGUUCAAGGAUCGCUGACAGUUAUAAACAACAUAUAUGGAGCUCAGAAAGCUCCCACUUCCAGCAGCAGCUCAGUUCAGGCUGGAUGCUCUCCCGGUGCUUCUGCUCUCACUGAAGAAUACAUCACUGUGUGUAAACAAACACACAAAUCUGAACUGGAGAAGACAUUUAGAAGUAUAAAUGAAGGGGUGUUACAUGAUGGAAACUCAACACUUCUGAAUAAGAUUUACACAGAGCUCUACAUCACAGGGGGUGGGAGUGGAAUGGUCAAUAGUGAACAUGAGGUGAGACAGAUUGAAACAACAUUCAGGAGACAAUCAAAAGAAGAGACACCAAUCAAAUGCAAUGACAUCUUCAAACCCAUACCUGGAGAAGACAAACCCAUCAGAACUGUGUUGACAAGAGGAAUUGCUGGAAUUGGAAAAACAGUCUCUGUGCAGAAAUUCAUUCUGGACUGGACUGAAGGAAAAGAGAAUCAGAAUGUCGCCUUCAUAUUUCCACUUCCUUUUAGGGAACUUAAUUUGAUAAAGGAGAAAAAGCUCAGCUUGAUCGAUCUUCUUCAUCUCUUUUUUCCUCAAAUCAAACAAAUUCGAUUAAUAGACUUAAUAAACUGUGCCUCCUGCACAAUCAUGUUCAUCUUAGAUGGUCUGGAUGAGUGUCGACCUCCACUACAUUUAGAAAAAAAUGAGAUUUUAUCUGAUGUAACAGAAUCAGCCUCAGUAGAUGUUCUACUGACAAACCUCAUAAGGGGAAAGCUGCUCAGUUCUUCUCUUCUCUGGAUAACUACUCGACCAGCAGCAGUCAGUCAGUCCCUUCUUCAGUAUAUUAAUCAGGUAACAGAAAUACGAGGGUUCAGUGACCCUCAGAAAGAGGAAUACUUCAGGAAAAAAAUCAGUGAUCAGAGACUUACUGAAAAGAUCAUUGCACACAUAAAGUCGUCAAGAAGCCUCUACAUAAUGUGCCACAUACCAGUCUUCUGCUGGAUUUCAGCCACUGUCCUAGAGGAGAUGUUGAGUGAAACAGAAAGUGAAGAGAUCCCCAAGACUCUGACUCAAAUGUUCACACGCUUCCUGAUCUUUCAGAUCAAACAGAGAAGAAUAAGUGACAUUAAUCCUCAUCGGACCAGAAAUAUUAUCCUGGCACUGGGAAAACUGGCUUUCCAUCAGCUCAAAAAUGGCAACAUAAUCUUCUAUGAGGAAGACCUGAGAGAGUGUGGCAUUGAUGUCAGAGAAAUGUCAGUGUACUCAGGAGUCUGUACUCAGAUCUUCAGAGAAGAAUCUGCACUGCACCUGGAGAAAAUGUUCAGCUUUAUUCAUCUGACUGUUCAGGAGUUUCUUGCAGCUUUAUAUGCAUUUUUUUCAUUCAUCUCUGACCACAGAAAUGUGCUGCUGGAGCAAGCCACUGGAUGUUUUGCUUUCUUCAAAAAGCCACAAACGUUUGCCUUCCUCAGAUGUGCAGUGGACAAGGCUUUAAAGAGUGAGAAUGAACACCUGGACCUUUUCCUCCGCUUCCUGCUGGGCUUCUCACUGGAAUCCAAUCAGACUCUCUUACGAAGGCUACUUCCAGAACCAAGAAAGAGCUCACACAGUAAAGAGCAAAUAGUCAGGUAUAUCAAAAAGAAGAUCAGGGAGAAUCCCUCUGCAGAGAAAUCCAUCAACCUGUUCCACUGUCUGAAUGAACUGAAUGAUCAGUCUCUAGUACAGGAAGUACAAAAGUACCUGAACAGAAGAGAUGGCAGUGGUUUCAGCGGAACUAAGCUCUCUCCUGCUCGGUGGUCAGCUCUGGUGUUUGUGUUACUGAACUCAGAAGAGGAGUUAGAUGAGUUUAACCUGAGAAAGUACGACCCAUCAGAGGAAUGUCUUCAGAGACUGCUACCAGUGGUCAAAGCAUCCAGAAAAGCAGUGCUGGAUCACUGCAGUAUUACAGAGGAAGGCUGUGUUGCUCUGGUUAAAGCUCUGAAAUCAAACCCCUCAAAUCUGAGAGAGCUGGAUCUGAGCUGGAAUAAUCCUGGAUAUUCAGGAGUAAAGGAGCUCUCUGAUCUACUGAAGGAUCCACAUUGCAAACUGGAGAAACUACACCUGGAAAUGUGCAGUAUUACAGGUCAAAGCUGUGCAGAUCUGAUUAAAGCUCUGAAAUCAAACCCCUUAUUACACUUGAGAGAGCUAGAUUUAAGCUGGAAUUAUCCAGGAGAGUCAGGAGUAAAGGAGCUCUCUGAUCUACUGAAGAAUCCACACUGUAAACUGGAGACACUACAUCUGUCUGACUGCAGCAUUACAGACACAGGAUGUGUUGCUCUGGUUAACGCUCUGAAAUCAAACCCCUCAACACACCUGAGAGAACUGAAUCUGAACAACAAUGAACUAAAGGAUUCAGGAGCGAAGGAACUCUCUGAUCUACUGAAGGAUCCACUCUGUAAACUGGAGACACUAGAGCUGGCUGUGUGCAGUAUUACUGGGGAAGGCUGUGCUGCUCUGGCUAACGCUCUGAAAUCAAACCCCUCAUCACAGCUGAGAGAACUGAAUUUAAACAAGAAUUAUCCAGGAGAUUCAGCAGUAAAGCAGCUCUCUGAUCUACUGAAGGACCCACACUGUAAACUGGAGAAAUUAAAGUAUGUUACUGUCUCCACA